UUGAAAAGGCCGAUUUGUUAUGAUUUAAAUAUACAUUCAUUUUUUUUCGCAUUUAAAAUUAAUUAAUAUGGUUAUGUAACAUAAUAUUAACUUACAAUAAACUUUGUAAACAUGGAACAGGUGUACGCGCUUGGUGUAUCGUGCAUUGAACUCGUACAAUAUUGGCUGGGAGACUAUGGGGAAUAUUUUAAAAUUGUCAAUCAUUUCUCCAAUCCACACUAUGUUAUGGAAGUAUUGUUCCCCCUUAUCACCAUUUUGGACUCGGUAUUUGCUUCUCAGCUGAUCGUGAGUAUGUCUUUCGGGGGCUGGAUGAAUGCCGUCAUGAAAUGGUGGCUUUUAGAAGACCGUCCGUAUUGGUGGGUCAGAGAAACGACAUUCUAUAGCAACACGAAUCGGCCACAUUUACACCAAACAUCGCAAACUUGUGAGACCGGUCCCGGUAGCCCUUCCGGUCAUACAACCACAGCUGCAUCUGUUCUUAUUCUAGCUGUGAUGUGGAUGUCACACAUAUGUAAUGAUAGGAAGUGGAAUCUGUGGUGGUGGAAAUACUUCACAUAUCCGCUGUUUGGGUUUGCCCUAAUAUCUGUAAUGUUUGCGAGGCUGUUUGUUGCAACACACUUCCCACAUCAGUGUUUAUUGGGUGCAUUAUUAGGUUUAUUCCUAGCUCCAGCACUCUGUAUAUACGUGACUGAUCCGUUUAUAUGGCGGUAUAGCACUCACGCCACCAUGCCAACCAGUCAGGCGGUGAUAUGGCACGUGGUUAGUGCUAUAGUCGCCAUAUUGAUCAGUGUCGUCACUUACUACAGUCUCGUGUUGUGCGGUAUCGAUCCACACUAUACGGUUAAAUUGGCGUUCCGUUGGUGUGAGAACCCGGACAGCAUCCACGUGUCCACGACGCCGAUGUUCGCCCUCGUGCAGUGCACCGCCAACCUGCUCGGCUGCGCGCUGAGCGUGUCGCCCGCCCUCGCCGAGUACCGUCACAACACAAAGAACAGAUCGCUUAUAAUAUCGAUAUUCGCAACCGCCGCAUCGAUAUACGCUUUCAAACAACUCGAGGAGAACAUCACUAGAGCCAGCGCGUUUAAGUUCUAUACGUUACAAUUUAUAUUAAACAUGGCGAGACCAGCUUUGCUGUUGAGAUUGGUUCCGGCACUGGCUCUGUGGCCAUAUUCUGGUCAAAUUAAAGAAAAAGUUAAUUAAUAGAUAAUAUAUAUAUUAUAAAGCCAUAGACACACGAGAUAUUUGAAAACGACGCUUCUAUUUAAAAAAAGAACUUUUUAAAGAUUAGUUAAAUGUCACAAAAAUAUAAUUAAGUACGACUUGUAAACAUAUACAUACAUAGACUACAAAAAGGCAUCCCGCACUAUAAAAGUUUUACAAACAAUACAUUUAAAAAAAAAAAAUUAAAUAAGUUUAAAAAGUUUGUAAGAUUCAAAUGCAGAUAAAUACAAUUACUUACCAAUAAAAAAAAAACUAGGUUUAGCAAGGCUGUUUACAAUCGUCUAAGACUUCGCAAAGUUUAGUUCCUCCAAUAUAAUAGUUACAACAAAAAAUAAUUUUGAGUGAUAAAGUAUUUUAUAUCAAUAGACAUUAUAUUAAAUUCCGAAAUUAUUUGACGACUAAGUGAGAUAAUGAGAGGGGGGAGAGCACAUAUAUUUGCGCACACGCACAAACCCACACACACACAAGUUGACCUGACUUGUUUACAACAUUUAUUUUUAUUUUAUUAGCUUCAUAAUUCCCAUUAGUGUUUUAGUUUAGGUCCGUCGUUUAAAGAAAUUGCUUUGUACGCGAUGUCAAAUAUCAAGGUCGAUAUUUAUGGCGAUGUUACAAUACGUAACGUUUACGUAAAACAUUUUUGACGCAAGAACUCGUGAACUGCGUUGAUGGUGCGUUAUUUUUUUUUAUUUUUUUGUUAUAUUUGGGUGUAGGUUACACACGGUAUGCCUUAAUUAUGCCUUAUUAAAUAAAUAAGUGUAUGAUU